UUUGUUUGUGAAAAUUGAUUGCAUGAGGUUGGUCAGAUUAGAAGGAGAGCUGUAAAUAGUUGGUCACAUUAGAAGGAGCCAUUAGAGAAGAGAAAAUGAAGUAAAGUGCCAACUAAGUCUAGAGUAGUCUAUAGGAGUGAGUAGAGUAGCAUGAAUGAGAGUAAUAACAUUAAGACAGAAACACAAAGCCCAAGGAAUUAAGUGCAACGCAGUGUGGUGGUAGUAGUAAUGUUUUGCUGUAAUAACUAGACCUACUAUGGUUCUAUCUCAACGCCUAUUACUAUUAGACCCUUUCUUCUUUCGUCUCAUCGCUUUCUCUUUCAUUACUCUUUUCUCAUUUUCUUCUUCUACCCAUGCCACCAAUUACUCCUUUUCUUUUUCAUUUAUUUAUUAAUAACGCACGUUAUUCAUUAAUUAAUGCGUCUUAAUCACUAAGCUAACAAGAAUCAUUCAUGAAUCAAUAAUAUCGUGAUUAUUUUUUAAUUAAGUUAAUUAAUCACACUGAAAUUCUCUUUUUGGUUAUUGUUGUUGUUAUGACAGAUAGCGAUAGGUGAGUGAGGAUUACAAGAAGAAGAAAAAAACCAUGGUGGUGGUUGUUGCUGUUACAGAGACAGAGUUGUAGUAGUGGAAGUAGUAGCUUCUUCUUGUUUCUCGUUUCUCGGGUCGCGCCGUUCGUGUUUGUCGCUCGUGCGUGACUCUGUGUUUUUUCUUCUUUUUGAGUUUCAAUCCCGAAACCCUUCAAAUCUCGAGGCUGUUUUUUGUUCGCAUAACAAGAGACAAGUAUUUUUCUUCUUCCGCCAUUUUCUCUUGUGUCUUGAACCAGGGUACUGCCACCUACGCCUCUCUUUUUCUUCCUUGCUUUGGUUCACUGCACUGAGGUUUGUUGAAAUCCUUAUUAACUGGAGGGUCGGUGUUCAAUUCAACUUGCUUAACAUUCACUACACUCAUGCACUUUUGUUUUUCUCAUUUUUAGUUUGGUUCUUCUCCUUCUUUUUUAUUUUAUUGGGGUUUGGGAUUACUUUUUUAAUAUUGAUAUUAUUUUUUUAAUUUAAGUAUUGGGAUCAUUGGUUGUUUUCUGAGGUUCCUCGUACUUGGUCUAUGCUGGUUUGAUUGAUAUUUAAGGUGUGUUGUAGAGGAAAGGGGAAAGGUUUCUAUUUUCAUGUGUGAGGAGGAGUAUUACAAGAUAUGCUGAUCUCUGAUGAAGGAGAUAAUGGUGUGUUCUUGGAUGCAUUGGAUUGUUUUUCACCUUCUCAAGACUCUCUUUUGACAAGCAAAUGUUUUGGGUUUGAGUUUUGGCUUAGUGAGCCUCUUAGUGUGAGGGAAAGAAAGGGAAAUUUCCUACAAGAGAUGGGUUUUGUUGAUACUUCUUCUGAGUUUUGCUCUGAAAACAAAAUUGUGCAUUGCGACGAGAGGAUAAUGGAUUGCAGUGAAGCAGUAUCGAAUGAUUGCGUUUUGUCUUCAAUGGAGGAAGCCUCUUCUGAGGUUGAGUCCAGAGAUGAUGAUGAUGAUGAAAAAACCGAUGCAAAUUUACAAGGAGAGGAAUUACAUGGGCUAAGAAAUAGAGAAGCUGAGAUUGUAGAGGGAUUUCAAGUUAUUGAUAUUGGUAAAAAGAAAAAGAGAAACUGGUGGAGGCAAUUUGUUAACAGUGGGAAGCUAGCUGGAGGGAUAGUUAGAUCAAAAUUUAGUAAUGCGAGUACGGAUGAAACUUGCCGAAUCAAUGUAAGGCACAAUAAGAAAAGCUGGAAUCAUGAGUCUAGUGCUGUGUAUGGUGGACAAAAGAUUAGAGCACACAAAGGUCUAAUUUGGACUAUGAAGUUUAGUCCUAGGGGCCAGUAUCUCGCAACUGGAGGCGAAGAUGGUGUUGUUCGUAUAUGGCAUGUUUCAUCGCUGAAUGCGUCUAGUAUUUGUUAUGCUAAAGAAGUUAGCGCUGUUAGCAAAUUGAAACAUGGCGUGUCUUUUUCUUCGAAGAAAUGUUGUCAAUCCCCCGUUGUUGUUCCAAGUAAGAUUCUCAAAAUUGAGGAGUCCCCGCUUCAAGAACUAUAUGGUCAUUCCAGUGAUGUGGUGGAUUUGGCUUGGUCUGAUUCAGAUACGCUCCUUUCCUCGUCUAUGGAUAAAACAGUUCGCAUGUGGAAAAUUGGUUAUAAUCAAUGUUUAAAAGUUUUCCAUCACAAAGAUUAUGUGACAUGCAUUCAAUUCAACCCGGUUGAUGAAAAUUACUUCAUAAGUGGCUCCAUAGAUGGUAAAGUCCGAAUAUGGGGAAUACAUGAAGAGCGAGUUGUUGACUGGGCCGACACACGAGAUGUCAUAAGUGCUAUAAGUUAUCAGCCAGAUGGGAAGGGGUUUGUAGUCGGUUCCCUUUGUGGUAUUUGCCGCUUUUAUGUAUCUUCAGGGAAACAAUUUGUGCAUAAGUCGAAGAUUCGUGUCAAUGGAAAGAAGAAGAGAUCAUCUAGCAACAAGAUUACUGACAUUCAGUUUUCUCAUAAAAACCAUCGGAGAGUAAUGAUCACAUCACGAGAUUCCAAAGUUAGAAUAUUCGAAGAUGCUGAACUUGUUCAGACAUAUAAAGGUCUUCUAAUGUCAGGAAGUCAGACGUCAAGCGGAAAUCACAUAAUUUCAGUUGGCGAAGACUCUCGUGUGUAUAUUUGGAACUUCAACGACUCGGGAAAUUAUUUUUCGAAACAGAGAAAAACAGUUAGUUCCCAUGAGCACUUUCGCUCCAAGGGUGUUACUGUCGCAAUACCUUGGUCAGGCAUGACAUCAGAAAGAAGCUGCUCUUUCAGCGACUUUGUCAACUAUUCUUCUGAAAAGCAACGCGAAUUAGUGGCUGCUCCCAGUUUUAGAGAGUCGGAACGUUUUUCUUUUGGGAGUUGGUUCUCCAUUGAUGGUUCGUGGCGACGUUCUAUGACAUGGCCCGAAGAGAAACUUCCCAGUUGGGAUUCACCUCUUUCGGAAAUUGAAUUUGAUCAUGAGGAGCUAUCUUUUAAAGAUCUAUGGCAUGAGAAUCGUGUCCCAGACACAUGGGGACUCUCGGUUGUUGCAGCCGGUCUUGAUGGAACCAUCAAGACAUUUCACAACUUUGGAUUUCCUGUUAGGCUUUAGAACUCAGAAGGUAACUAACCCGAACAUGUUUGGUAACACGGGAACCUUACUCAGACGACACGCGGUGAAUGUGAAACAGGUAGUUUGAGCUUCACUCCUGAUGUGCGGUAUCGUUUCAUCGUGAUAUUGUCGUCGGAAUCCAAACACACUCUCGAAUUCAAAGCUAUUUGAAUUUUGUUUUCAUUUUGAUUGGUAAAGGUGGACAUAUUUAUAAAGUUUUCAAUUUCAACUUCAAGGCCAAGGCCUUUGAUUCCCAACAUAACUUUGGGAAAAAUUGAAGCAUUGAGCUGAGGUAGAACCUAGAAGUAGGAUUUUGGUCAUAGGUAAAAGUUCAUGUUAGAUGCCAAACCUUCUCACAUGUUUUUUGAGGAUCUGUACAUUUAUUUUAGAGUUAGGCCACGAGAAUCCUACUUUUUUUGCUGCACAUUUUUUUGUGUGAAUAUCAUUUAACUUAUACAAUACAGAUUUAUAAAAAAUUUAUUCAAGUUAUGAUU